GGCAAGGUUGACAAGCUGUUGCAGUGCAUAGAAGUGGUGGUGCCCUGCAUUUGGUGGCAUUGAAUACAGGGGAAGGUAUCCUUGUCAAUGUUGGAGGUGGCGCGAAUGCAGGAGAUUCGAACUUUUUGACGAGCUCGCAGAUGCUGAUCGGUGCCCGAUCGACAUCCCAACUCCUUCUUGACCUUGCGGCCAGGGGGCGCUUUGAAAGUUUGCAAGUUCAAACAAGCCCACCGUCUGGUGCUGAGCCCCUGAAAGUCUGCAAACGUUGCGAUGAAGGAGGUGGUCACGCUUCAGUUUGGAAACUAUGCCAAUUUCGUCGGGGCUCACUUUUGGAAUUUUCAGGAUGAGCUGCUUGGGAGAUCUGAGAGUGCCACCGACCAGACUUCUGCAGAAGAAGGAACAAGGGCAGCUGAUGUGGAGUCUGACGUGCUUUUCAGGGUGGGAGAGACGCAUCAGGGAGCCGCGACCUACACCCCCCGCUUGGUGGCACUUGACGUGCGAGGCAGUUCAGGGACCAUCCCCCCCUCUGGCGUUCUCUAUCAAGCGCCCCUCCCGUCAGCAGACGAGUCCAUUAUCCAAACAUGGGGGGGCCAGAAAGCUGUAUACCGGUCACAGCCAAUAGAGAAGAACGCCUUUUUGAAGAGCUUAGAUGAGGAGGAGGAUGGGGAAUCAGCAGAGGGAGGUGCGCAUGGAAGUGGAAUGGAGGUUGAUGGGGGGGCGGAAGCAAGGGAAGCUGACUUGGCAAGGGUGGCGGGCCUUGAGGAUAGUGUGCAGUAUUGGACGGACUACCUCAAGGUUCACCUGCAUCCAAAGAGCUUGUAUGAGCUGCCUGACACAUGGCAAGGGAUGAACGAGCUGAGCACGUAUGGUGAGGGCGUGGCGGCUUUCCAAAAGGAGGAGACCCGCGAGGAAAUGGAGGAGAGGGUGCGCUUCUUUGCCGAGGAGUCGGAUCACAUGCAGGGCUUCCAGUGCAUCGUUGACGACUCGGGCGGAUUUGCCGCCGUCGCGGCCGGGCUGCUCACCAGCCUUUCGGACGAGUACCCCCGCCUGCCACGUGUCCUUUUCGCCGUCCGGCCGCACACGUCACCCCGUCCGGCGUCCGCACUGAACGCGGCCGCAAGCGCGAAUAACCCGCUGGCGCGCGCGCUGCACGAAGCGGUCUCGUUGGCGGCGCUGUCGAGGGCCAGUGACCUGUACAUAAGCGACGGUGCGUGUCUCCACCCCGACCUCUUCCCCCACCUGGCCCUCCAACCCUCCAAACCCUUCCACACGAGCGCCGUCCACGCGGCCGCGUUCGACGCCUUCACCACGCCCUAUCGGCUGCCGCCACGUGGCGCCUCAUCCUACACCAAGAACGCCGAGCCCCUCGGCGCGCUCGACAUGCGGGAUCUCGUCCGGUUGCUCGCGCGAACGGACCGCCAGAAAGUCACGGAAGUGGCGCUCAGUUUUCCGGCACCAGGGAUACCGAAAAUGCCAGGACCCGAUGCGCGGCUGGACAGGAGCGAGAGCGCGAAACUGGGAGAGGGUUUGGGGGGUUUGGUGCGCAGCCUCGUGGUGCUGACGGACGAGGGCGCGCAGCCGGCCGCGGGGCCGUCGUUCGCGGAGUCGCUGGUAUUCCGGGGAGCCCGAUAUGCAGACGGCUCCGGCCCCGUCCCUCCCCCUGCCGCCGAAAGCGCUUUGCACGCGUCGCUCGAAGCCUCCGGCAGCGGCCGGGCCGUCCGUCAUUUCUCCGUCACUUCGACGCCUCUCCCCAUUCCGCUGCCAUUCCCCAAGAUCUUCCGCCCGGAGGUCGGGCGUCAUGGUGACGUCAGCACUGGCCGGACGUUGGAGACGGGUACCGUCAAGGGCGGGGUAGACGUAGAGUCGGUUCCGGUUAUGAGUAGGUUAGCGGUAACCCCUCGGCUUGCUCCGAUGCUGCGGAGCAAGCUGGAGGGUUUAGAGAGGUAUGGAGGGUUUAGAAAGGGGACGGAUGGGGCUAGAAUCUUAGAGGAGUGGGGAUUUGGCGAGGAGGAAGCGAGAGAGAUGCGGGAUGGCUUGAAGGACAUGGUGAAGGCGUACGAAGGAGUCGAUGAAGAGGACUCCUUCGACAGCGAUUGAGCAGAGUGAUCAUGAACUUAGCGAACGUUGUGUGUUUAAACGUGCAAGUGCAAUGGUGCUUUUGAGAUGGUCGGGCAACGGCCUUCUCGCAUUGCUGGCGACUUUCGUCUACUAAAGAAUGGUCUCGAGAUGUGCACAGUGCUGAGUGGUAUCCCGAAAUCAAAUAGGGUCUUAAUAUAUCGAU